AUGGUUUUCUUCAAGGACCGCUUCGGCUUUGGCAAGGAGCAUGCUUGCGUCUUCUACCUGUUGACCAAUGUGUCAACUUUGGUGUGUUCUGCAUGGGUCCCUGCCCUCUUGACGAAUUUCGGCGCGCUGCCGCUUUGCAUUGCCGGAACGGUUGGAGGUUCCGUGGCGUCGCUGCUGCUUGUGUUCGGCCCGACCGCCCUCUGGGUGCCGUAUGCUUUCGGCAUUACCAUGGUUGGCCUCUUCGGGACCAUGAUUGGCUUGGGCUUCAUGCACUUGGUGAGGGAGUAUUGCCCGGAGGAUCUGAUGGGUACUAUGUUUGGUCUACAGAGUUCUCUGAAUGGGGCCGCUGGUGCUUUGGCGCCGCCCUUUGGUGGUUGGCUGUACCGCCUGAAUAUUUUUCUGCCAUUCCUGUGUACGUCUGCCUCCUGCGCUCUUACCGGCCUGUUGUAUGAGACCGCUAUGCCAAAGUCGAAAAAGGAGGCCGUGACCAAGACUGAGAUCGUUGAGGCCGUGGUGCACCGGAAGGCAACGAAGAUGACUCGAAACUCCACCUUCGGCAGGCCCAUCUACCACGACAAGAGUUUCAUCAUACAGGUCUGUACCAACGAGCUCAGUAUCGGACUGAACCCCGAGAGCAUGUACUUCUACCAGCGCAUGCGGGAGCGUUUGAAAGAGGAGAAUGUGCGAGGGGGCAUGACCCUCUCUCAGGAUUUGGAUUAA